AACCUUCAGCUCCUUUGGUGGUCGUGGUUGGCUUAUAAGGCCAAGCAAGCUCCCUUGGAGACUGGCUGCCGGCCUGGCUAAGGUCCCUUCUAGUGGCCGGGGCCUAGGCUUUCUUAGGCUGCUUCCGAAAACGGAGCGGUGCGGAGCUGCUGUGGUCCAACGCGGAGUAGCUAGGGGCCCCCCAUGCCGGCCUACAAACAAACGCCCACUCCCCACCAGCCCCUGGAGUCGGGCUUUUCGCCCUCCGUUGGACGGCCGGGAUGCUCGCUCGUGCCUCCCCUAGACGCUUCCCAUUGGCUCCCUCCGUGGUCCCGCCCAUGUCCUCUCUUCUCAUAGGCUCCUCGUCCGGGCUGGCUCCCCGCCCUGCGCCGGUCUCCAUCUCGAGGCGGAGAAGCGGUUGCGGCCAUGAACCCGUUAUUCGGCCCCAAUCUCUUCCUCCUGCAGCAGGAACAGCAGGGCCUGGCCGGGCCACUCGGGGGACCCUCGCUGGGAGGGGGCGACUACCUGGGCGGGGGUGGGGACUUGCCUGCGGGUCCGGUGGCGGCGGCGGCCCCCACGGGCAUCCCCCAGUGGGAGCCGCUCUCGCUGGCCGGCCCAGGACCGGCGCCCUCGCCACCGCCCGCCGCCAUGGCCCUCCGCAACGACCUGGGUUCCAAUAUCAAUGUGCUGAAGACGCUCAACCUGCGGUUCCGCUGCUUCCUGGCCAAAGUGCACGAGCUGGAGCGGCGCAACCGGCUGCUGGAGAAGCAGCUGCAGCAGGCGCUGGAAGAUGGGCAGCAGGGCCGGCGGGGCCCCGCGCGUCGCGACCAGGCUGUUCAAACGGGCUUCAUCAGCCCCAUCCGGCCCCCGGGGCUGCCCCUCGGGGCCUGGCCUGCUUCUCGAGGCCUCGGCUCCCCAGCGCGCUCCCCCGCGGGCCCGCUGGUGCCCACCGCGUCGAGCCUGUCAUCGCCCGCCAGCGCGCUCGCCCCGGGGGCUGCCUCGCCUCACUCCACGGUCACGUCCACCCCCUACUCCUCGUCGGCCCGCUUCAUGCCGGGCACCAUCUGGUCCUUCUCGCACGCCCGCAGGCUCGGGCCGGGACUGGAGCCCACCUUGGUGCAGGGCCCUGGCCUGUCGUGGGUUCACCCCGACGGCGUGGGUGUACAGAUCGACACCAUCACCCCCGAGAUCCGGGCCCUCUAUAAUGUGUUGGCCAAGGUGAAGCGGGAGCGAGACGAGUACAAGAGGAGGUGGGAAGAGGAAUAUACAGUUCGGGUCCAGCUGCAAGAGCGUGUGAAUGAGCUUCAGGAGGAAGCCCAAGAAGCUGAUGCCUGCCAGGAAGAGCUCGCCAUGAAGGUGGAGCAACUCAAAGCUGAGUUAGUGGUCUUCAAGGGACUCAUGAGUAACAACCUGACUGAACUGGAUACCAAGAUUCAGGAGAAAGCCAUGAAAGUGGACAUGGACAUCUGCCGCCGAAUAGACAUUACUGCCAAACUCUGUGAUGUGGCCCAGCAGCGCAACUGUGAGGACAUGAUCAAGAUGUUCCAGUCUCUGCACUUGUCUCCCAUUAAGGUCCCAUCCAUGGGGGGGCGGAAGCGGGAUCGAAAACCUGUCAUCGAGGAGGACACUUCCCUGUCUGAGAGUGAUGGGCCCCACCAACCUGAUGGGGAGGAGGAUGAGAGCACAGCCCUCAGCAUCAAUGAGGAGAUGCAGCGUAUGCUCAACCAGCUGCGGGAGUAUGAUUUUGAGGAUGACUGUGACAGCCUGACUUGGGAGGAGACAGAGGAGACGCUGCUACUCUGGGAGGAUUUCUCGGGCUACGCUGCGGCAGCUGCAGAGGCUCAGGGAGAGGUAACAGCUCCUCCCAGCCGCAGCCCUCUGCCCCUUCCAGCCUCCCCUGCCCCGCUGACCUGCCCUUCCUUCUCUCCUCUGCUCAUUCUCUGCUCAUUCUCUCUGUCCUGUGUGACAUCCUUUUUGUACAUACUUUAUUUUCCCUUCUGCUGCUUUUUGUUCUUUCUGCUGGCUUUUUUUUUUUUAAGCAUGUUUUUCUUUUUCACCUUUGCCUUGUCCAUCUUGGAUGGUCACCCUCCCAUUGGCCUCUCCCUCUCUGUUGCUGCUACUGCUCCUUUGCUUCCCUAUGUUUCCCAGCAGCAGGAGGACAGUCUGGAGAAAGUGAUUAAGGACACGGAAUCUCUGUUCAAAACCCGGGAGAAGGAAUACCAGGAGACCAUCGACCAGAUAGAGCUGGAACUGGCUACAGCCAAGAAUGACAUGAACAGACACUUGCAUGAAUACAUGGAAAUGUGCAGUAUGAAGCGGGGUCUUGAUGUGCAGAUGGAAACCUGCCGCCGGCUCAUCACCCAAUCUGGAGACCGAAAGUCUCCUGCUUUCUCUGCGGUCCAGCCUAGUGAACCACCACCGAGUGAGACAGAUGACUCUGAUCGUGAUCUCUCAUCUGAUAGCUCCAUGAGAUAGGGGGUCCUCCUUGACACCUCCCCCUACCACGGAAAUGACAUGCACUGGAAAUGGGGAAAAGCAGAAGUCACCUGUGUCUUGGAUUUGGGAUGUAGGAGACAAUUCCUUAGCCCUUCCUCUUGGGGCUAGGGAGUGGGAUGUUACACAAUCAGAAUACUUGUACCAUUGCACCAAACGGACCCAGUCCUAGGGUGCUGGGGAGCACUGCUCCCUUCCUUCUUCCUCAUAGUCCCCCGAUUUCUGUGGUGGCUUCUGGUCUCACAUCAAACUCUCAACAAAGAGUGGGGCACUCUUGAAUCUUCAUUAACAGGUGCCCACGGCUGCCUCAUAUUGAGAAGUAUUAAGACUUAAGCUAGUGUGGUUCCUCACCUCCUCCAUCAUGCUGUGAAACAGUGCUGCUGCUUACUGUUCUGGAUCCCAUACUGGUGCUAACUGGCCCAUGUACUGGUAUAAGCUGGACCAAACCAGAAGUCUCAGGGCCAGUGAAAUACGCUUAGUGUGGAGGAAAGCAGAGCUGGCAACGGUGCCAGCUCAGUUGCUGACUGCAGUGUGUAUGUGUGGGUGUUUUUUUUCUCCCAUAGACAUAUCAUGUAUUAAAAGAGCCUUGAUAUCCCA